ACCCAUGAUCUGGUACCCGGUCAACAUGCUGGAGACGGCAGGGUUUCAAGAGGUGAUCAUCAUUGCGUUAGAGUCGACGAGUCACGACAUUCGCCAGGCGCUUGCCGCCAUGUGUGACGUGAAGGUGAGUCUGGACAUCGUGGGGAUCCCUGAUGACAAGGACUGGGGCACGGCAGACUCCCUACGACACAUCAAGGACAAGAUACAGACAGAUCUCCUGGUGGUGAGUUGUGACCUGGUGUGUAAUGUCCCCCUGCACCAGCUGGCUGAUAUCCACCGUAUGCACGGCUCCACCCUCACCAUGUUACUGGCCGACCUGCCACAAACUACAGACUCUGCAGCGAUACUCAAAUCUAAAAAAGUGGGAAAUGAACAGCGUGAUUUUAUCGGACUGGACGGGGACGGGCGCAGAGUGGUGAUGAUGGCGUCAGAAGCUGAUCUGGACGAUGCCCUGACCGUCAGACGAUCUGUCCUCAAAAGACACCCAUAUGUAAGGAUCAAGACAAAACUACAAGAUGCACAUCUGUUCCUGAUGAAGAAAUGGGUUGUGGACUACCUGCAACAGAACAGAUCAGUAUCUACUAUAAAGGGAGAACUUGUGCCCCUUUUGGUGAGGAAACAGUUUUCCCAACGGAAGAAACCUGCUGAUGUCAGCAGGGCAGAUCUGUCCAUGGUGUCACCACCCUCCACUAAAGACGACAACUUAGCAGACAUCCACAGUUUUGAUGAAGAUGAUGAGAUGGCCGCGCUGACCAGAAGUUUGUCGUCAGGCGCUGGACAGCAGGGGGACAGCACACGGGACAGCACCAUCACCUGUUACACCCACAUCGUCACCGAGGGCAUGUGUGUCCGUGCUAACACACUACCCAGCUAUGUGGAGGCUAACAGACAGGUCCUGCAUGAGUUGGCAGGGGGAGAUGAACUACUGGUACAUCCAUCCAUCACAACCAAGGGGAAAUAUCAGAUCGGACCAGACUGUAUGGUGGGGGAGGGGGCGAGUUUGGGGGACAAGGUGACCCUGAAGAAGUCCAUCAUAGGGAAACACUGUACCAUCGGGGACCGCGUCAAGAUCACCAACUCUGUCAUCAUGAACCAUGUCACCAUCAAAGACGGGUCCAUCCUACAAGGUUGUGUGGUGUGUGAUAACGCACACAUCGGGGACCAGUGUGAGCUGAAGGACAGUCUAGUGGGCAGUUCUCAAAACAUCCCCAGUAAAGCCAAAUACAGCAAUGAAGUCAUAGUGAAUGAAGAACAGAUGCUGGAGGUAUGAAGCCAUCGUUGGAACACUGGGCCCAAACACUUAAACCCUCACAGUUAGAGCUUUUUACCUAAACAAAUCUUUGGUACAGGUACAUGUACAGGCACACGGGUUUAGGUCCAGGUCUAGAUCUGAACCUGUACCUGAACAAUUCAACAAAUUAACAUGUUUUUCUGAACUCCUUCCGUAAUAACAGAAAAAGGAAUAAACUUGACAGUUAAGUGUAAGUUUUUGUUUAUGGAGAAUUCUUACACAAAAUAAGCAUAUAAUUAGUGUGAAAUUAUUUAGGUACAGCACUGGUACUGUACCAGUACACAGCUCUACUCACAGGGCUAACUAGAACGUGCCUCUCCCUGCAUCACAAACUCAUAACAUCAGCCAUGCAAGUGAAAAACAAAACUGUACAGUGAAUAUAUUUACAUGGUCACACAUUGAAUAAAUUGGUGUAAAACACA